AUAAUUAUGGAGACUCAACAAGCAAAACAGACAUUAGCAGAUAUUGAAGCAAGACAUAAUGACAUCAUGAAAUUAGAAACAUCUAUACGUGACCUCCAUGAUAUGUUUAUGGAUAUGGCUAUGCUUGUGGAAAGUCAGGGUGAAAUGAUUGACAGGAUUGAGUACAAUGUGGAACAAGCUGUGGAUUAUAUUGAAACAGCAAAGAUGGAUACUAAAAAGGCUGUUAAAUACCAGAGUAAAGCCAGACGAAAAAAGAUUUUAAUAAUUGUGUGCAUUUUGGUUGUUCUCGUGAUUAUUGCCAUCAUCAUAGCUAUCGCUGUCACAGCUUAG